AUGCCAACUCUGAACAAUGACUUCCCAGGUUUUCUCGCAGAUGAAUCACUACACGAAGCCUAUGAGUUAGAGGUAGAGAGAAAAGAUGGCAAGAAACUUCGAUUCGGCGAACUCGUCGCAAGCAAAGGAGAUUCCGUGACAACCAUCGUUGUAUUCAUACGCCACUUCUUCUGUCUUUACGAUCAAUCCUACGUCCGAACCCUAUCUUCAAAAAUGACCCAAGACCUCCUAGCCACAAUACCCGAAAAUUCAAAACCCGCACAAGUAAUCAUAAUCGGAUGCGGGGAUUCCUCAUUAAUAGUUCCAUAUAUGGAAGAAACCAGUGACGAAAUUCCCAUAUACUCUGAUUACUCGGGGAAAUUAUACGAGAAAUUACAAAUGAACAGAACCCUUGAUGGGAUUACCACGCCACCGCCUUAUACUGAAAAUUCAUUUUUCGGAUCACUGGCGAAGUGCUUUGGGCAGAUGAUCAAACGUGGGUGGCGCGGGUUGAAAGGUGGGAGUUGGGAUAUCCAGGGUGGAGAGUGGAUAUUUCAGGAUGGGAGGUUGAGAUAUGCCCAUCGCAUGGAAGGGACGAGUGAUCAUCUUACCGCGGAGCAAUUGGUUGAGAUUUUGAGAUUGGAUCAGGGUUCGGAUAAGGCUGGGUCUUUGGAGGGUGUUGUUUGUCACGCUGAGGCGAGUGGGGAGGAAAAGGAUGAGAGGGUUCAUAGUCAUGGGACUUGGCCGAGAUGA